AUCCAAAUCCUGAAAAACGACCUACUGCAAAAUCUGUUAAUCAUCAAGUUGGACUUUGGAUCGAAGAAAUAUUAAGUUCAGAUGAAGAUAAUGAAAUUAAAAAGCAAUUUUUAGAAAAUGAUAAUACAUCACAAGGGCUAUUGAAGCCAGUUGUGUUAACUGACAGUGCAGCUAAUAAUACAAUUCACAUU